AUGUUGUUAUCCCUGCUGAUUUUGCUAGGUUCUUCCAUGAUUCAGUCUCAUUCAUUAGGUCUGUUAGUUACAUACUGUGUAGCCCAGCCGUUGUUUCCUUGACUGCCUCCUAACAUAUUUGUGAGCCUGGCUCAAACCUUAAAGACACUGAAGCUGAGGAGAAACCCAGUGAAGCUGUCUCUCUACAGGCACUUCACUAACACACUCAUCUUCGCCAUUAUCGGUGAGUACGUUGUUAAAUUGAUGUACAGCCAGGAAUACUAUUUUCAUGUUUUUAUCGUUCAUGGGUGUCGGAAAGUAUUCAGACCCCUUGACUUUUUCCACAUUUUGUUAUGUUACAGCCUUAUUCUAGAAUGGAUAAAAUAAUUGUUUUCCCUCAUCAAUCUACACACAAUACCCUAUAAUGACAAAGCAAAAACAGGUUAUUAGACAUUCUUGCAAAUGUAUAAAAAAUAAAAAACGGAAAUACCUAAUUUACGUAAAUAUUCAGACCCUUUGCUAUGAGACUCGAAAUUGAGCUCAGGUGCAUCCUGUUUCCAUUGAUCAUCCUUGAGAUGUUUCUUCAACUUGAUUGGAGUCCACCUGUGGUCAAUUCAAUUGAAUGGACAUGAUUUGGAAAGGCCACACCUGUCUAUAUAAGGUCCCACAGUUGACAGUGCACGUCAGAGCAAAAACCAAGCCAUGAGGUCGAAGGAAUUGUCCGUAGAGCUCCGAGACAGGAUUGUGUCUAGGCACAGAUCUGGGGAAGGGUACCUCCAUCAUUCUUAAAUGGAAGAAGUUUGGAACCACCAAGACUCUUCCUAGAGCUGGCCGCCUGGCCAAACUGAGCAAUCUGGGGAGAAGGGCCCUGAUGGUCACUCUGACAGAGCUCCAGAGUUCCUCUGUGGAGAUGGGAGAACCUUCCAGAAGGACAACCAUCUCUGCAGCACUCCACCAAUCAGGCCUUUAUGGUAGAGUGGCCAGACAGAAGCCACUCCUCAGUAAAAGGCACAUGACAGCCUGCUUGGAGUUUGCCAAAAGGCACCUAAAGGACUCAGACCAUGAGAAACAAGAUUCUCUGGUCUGAUGAAACCAAGAUCGAACUCUUUGAAUGCCAAGAGUCACGUCUGUAUGAAACCUGGCACCAUCCCUACGGUGAAGCAUGGUGGUGGCAGCAUCAUGCUGUGGGGAUGUUUUUCAGCGGCAGGGACUGGGAGACUAGUCAGGAUCAAGGGAAAGAUGAAUGGAGCAAAGUACAGAGCUCCUUGAUGAAAACCUGCUCCAGAGCACUCAAGACCUCAGACUUGGGUGAAGGUUCACCUUCCAAUAGCUCAACGACCCUAAGCACACAGCCAAGACAACACAGGAGUGGCUUUGGGACAAGUCUCUGAAUGUCCUUGCGUGGCCCAGCCAGAGUCCGGACUUAAACCCGAUCAAACAUCUCUGGAGAGACCUGAAAACAGCUGUGGAGCGACUCUCCCCAUCCAACCUGACAGAGUUUGAGAGGAUCUGCAGAGAAGAAUGGGAGAAACUGCCCAAAUACAGGUGUGCCAAGCUUGUAGCGUCAUACCCAAGAAGUCUCAAGGCUGUAAUCGCUGCCAAAGGUGCUUCAACAAAGUACUGCGUGAAGGGUCUGAAUACUUAUGUAAAUGUGAUAUUUCAGUUUUUAAUUUGUAAUAAAUUAGCACCAAAAAAUCAACUGUUUUUGCUUUGUCAUUAUGGGGUAUUGUGUGUAGAUUGAUGAGGCUGUAAUGUAACAAAAUAUGCAAAAAGUCAAGGGGUCUGAUUUCUUUCCGAAUGCACUGUAUAAGGCAUUAUGAACAAAGUUAUGAAUUGUUAUACGUAUGUAGCCUAGUUCAUAGAAAGUGUUGACAAACUAUUCUAAAUUAAAGUUUCACAAUUUAAUGGAAAUGGUCUGAUGCAGUUUUGGUUGUAUUUUUUCCCACCUUCAGCUUCAAUCGUUUUCAUGGUGUGGACGACAAAAAAAUUCAGACUAGCCGACUGUCAAUCUGUGAGUAUGUCUUCUAGAAAUGGUCCAGUUGUGUGUGAUCCAGGUUCUUUGGAUCAAGGUUUGAGUGCUCUGUGCAUUUCUUAAAGGUUCCGCACAGUUAUGAACAAAACAUCACCCAUAAUACUUUUUACACUAUUAAAAUGCUCAGAAUUGAAGCCCCAAUGACACAAGCUACUCAAGCUGUAGCUACAUCAACACUAGCUACACCAACUGUAGCCACAUCAACACUAGCUACACCAACUGUAGCUACAUCAACACUAGCUACACCAACUGUAGCCACAUCAACACUAGCUAUAUCAACUGUAGCUACAUCAACACUAGCUACACCAACUGUAGCUACAUCAACACUAGCUACACCAACUGUAGCUACAUCAACACUAGCUACACCAACUGUAGCUAAGUCACACAACAGAUGAAAUGUUACCAGUAUCAUUGGUCGUAAGUUCUACUUGAGGUUUACAUUUGACAUUUUAGUCAUUUAGCAGAUGAUCUUAUCCAGAGCCACUUAGAGUAGUGAGUGCAUACAUUUUCAUACUUUUCCCCCCGUACUGGUCCCCCGUGGGAAUCGAACCCACAACCCACAUGGGACCGGUUUGUAAACAAAGCAAGGUGUAGGCGCACGUCAUGACGGUUUUAAGGCGGAACAUAUUUAAAUUAGUAAAGAUAAGAUGCUACCAUUGGUGUAUUACAUUUCCUGCUUUAUGUGGCGUUGCAUAAAGACGGAACUUCUUUGAACUGGUACUGGUUUCAUCCAAAUAUCAUCCAAUUUGAUGAAAAACAAGAUUUUCACUGUUCGGGACUUUUAAGACAUUGAAUCAACAGUAUUGAGUCCUCAUGGCUAAUGUAUUGUAAAUAAUGCCAACUCAAGACAGCCAUAUUGGGUCAUGAAUUGAACAGUAUCAUGGCUGACAUAUUGUUUGUAUAAUUCUAUAUAACAGGACUGGGUGGAGCUGUGGGUAGAUGAUGCCUUCUGGAGGUUCCUGUUCUCUAUCAUACUGCUGGUUAUCAUGUUCUUAUGGAGACCCUCUGCUAACAACCAGAGGUGAGGUUCAAGGGGUGUGGGUGUGUGUGCGGGAGGUUAUAUACAGGGGGUACCGGUACAGAGUCAAUGUGAAAUAACAGUAGGGAGGCUAUAUACAGGGGGUACCGGUACAGAGUCAAUGUGCAGGGGCACAGGUUAGUCGAGGUAAUUGAGGUAAUAUGUACAUGUUGGUAGAGUUAAAGUGACUAUGCAUAGAUAAUAAACAGAGUAGCAGCAACGUACAAGUUGGGGUCAAAAUGCAAAUAGUCCGGGUAGCCAUUUGAUUAGCUGUUCAGGAAUCAUAUGGCUUGGGGGUAGAAGCUGAUAAGAAGCCUUUUGGACCUAGACUUGGUGCUCCGGUACCGCUUGCCGUGCGGUAGUAGAGAGAACAGUCUAUGGCUAGGGUGGCUGGAGUCAAUUUUGAGGCCCUUUCUCUGACACCGCCUGGUAUAGAGGUCCUGGAUGGCAGGAAGCUUGGACCCAGUGACGUACUGGGCCGUACGCACUACCCUCUGUAGUGCCUUGCGGUCGCAGGCCGAGCAGUUGCCAUAUCAGGCAGUGAUGCAACCAGUCAGGAUGCUGUCGAUGGUGCAGCUGUAUACGUUUUUGAGGAUCUGAGGACCCAUGCCAAAUCUUUUCAGUCUCCUGUGGGUGAAUAGGCUUUGUCGUACCCUCUUCACGACUGUCUUGGUGUUUGGACCAUGUUAGUUUGUUGGUGAUGUGGACACCAAGGUACUUGAAGCUCUCAACCUGCUCGACUACAGCCCCAUCAAUGAGAAUGGGGGCGUGCUCGGUCCUCUUUUUCCUGUAGUACACAACCACCAACAGUCAGUCAGGGAGACUCACCUUUCCACUCUUCAAAGCUUCACAGAGGAAACAAACUUAAACAGCCUUUCUCUAAAUGUUCUGGAGCUUUCUAACAAUUUAAGACUUUAUAACUGUUCAUAAUGUUUCCUUUGUUCUCCUCAGAUAUGCGUUCACUCCUCUGAUGGAUGACUCUGACGAUGAGGAGAUUGAGGAGUUCCUGGUGUCAGCUAAUUUAGGUACUGUACAAGUAGUCUGUUUUUAUGUUUAUCCUCUUUAGUGGUCAUGUGUCUGAACGUUGGUGCUCAUUCUCUCUGUGUUUCAUCACAGCUGAUGGCAUAAAGCUGAGAGCCACCAACUCCAAGAGUGAAAUGAACGGCUCAGCCAAGCCUUCAGGAUCCAACCCG